AUGAAGUCAUUUUGGCAAUCUUAUAAAGCAUUACCACCUAGAACAAGAAUAUUACUUGACAAUGUGCGUGAAGCAGAAGUGGAUGAUGAAGAAAGUGUAGAAGAUAAAGUUGGAGUGGUAGCCAUAUUAGUAUUAAAAGAAUCUUUGUAA